UUUCGCACCUUCAAGCCGUUGUGCCUAAAAACCACGCAGCUUCUUGUGACGCUUCCUGCGUAAAAGAGCAGAGCAGAGUACACCACUGUCGAUGGCGGCGAAUGGCGUGAAAUCGGCGGUAACAUCUCAGGCAUACCUGGAGGGAUCUCAGGUCAAACAAACUAAAUCACUCAUCUCUGAGCUAUGCCGGCUGUUUUACAACCUAGGUUGGGUCUCCGGCACCGGCGGAAGUAUCACCGCCAAGGUCCACGACGACUCCGUUCCCAAAUCAGAGCAACUCAUAAUCAUGUCCCCCUCCGGUGUGCAAAAGGAAAGGAUGGUAGAAGAAGACAUGUAUGUAUUAUCAUCAACUGGUGAUAUUUUGUUUUCUCCAUCGCCGAAGCCUUACCCUCAUAAACCUCCCAAAUGUUCAGAUUGUGCACCUCUUUUCAUGAAGGCUUAUGAUAAGCGUAAUGCUGGUGCAGUCAUUCAUAGUCACGGAAUGGAAUCUUGUCUUGUAACUAUGAUGGAUCCAUUGGCGAAAGAAUUUAGGAUCACUCAUAUGGAGAUGAUUAAAGGAAUACAAGGCCAUGGUUACUAUGAUGAACUUGUGGUUCCUAUAAUAGAAAACACAGCUCAAGAAAGAGAGUUAACAGAAUCUCUUGCUGCAGCAAUUGAAGCAUACCCAAAGACAACUGCUGUUCUUGUCAGAAACCAUGGUAUUUAUGUAUGGGGAGAUUCCUGGAUUAGUGCCAAAACUCAAUCUGAAUGCUACCAUUAUCUCUUUGAAGCUGCGAUUAAGCUUCAUCAACUAGGCCUUGACUGGUCAACUCCAAGUCAUGGUCCUAAACCACUUUUAUGUGGUCAAAGUCAAACUACAAACCCAUCUCAUCGUUGUGUUGUUCUUGAUAUUGAAGGGACAACAACGCCUAUAUCUUUUGUCACUGAUGUUCUUUUUCCAUAUGCACGUGACAAUGUGCAAAAACACCUGGAAGAAACAUAUGACACUGAUGCCACUCAAGAUGAUAUUAAAUUGUUACGUUCUCAAGUAGAAGAUGAUUUAAAAAAUGGGGUUGCAAAUGCUGUUAUAAUUCCAUCUGAUGAGGCUGGAAAACAGGAAGUGAUUGCUGCUUUGGUUGCUAAUGUUGAAGGGAUGAUAAAAUCUGAUAGGAAAAUUACUUCUUUAAAACAAUUACAAGGUCACAUAUGGCAAACUGGAUUUGAAAAAAAUGAACUCAAAGGAGUUGUUUUUGAUGAUGUUCCUGUUUCUCUUCAAAAGUGGCAUUCUUCUGGUAUAAAAGUGUAUAUAUAUUCAAGUGGUAGCAGAUUGGCGCAAAGGCUAUUAUUUGGAUACUCAAAUCACGGGGACUUGAGAACAUAUUUAAGUGGAUUUUUCGACACCACAGUGGGGAACAAGAAGGAGAGAAAAAGUUAUGUUGAAAUUUGUGAAUCAGUUGGAGUUCAUAAGCCUUCAGAUGUCUUAUUUGUUACAGAUGUUUUUCAAGAAGCUGUAGCUGCAAAGGCAGCUGGUUUGGAGGUGAUAAUAUCUGUUCGGCCUGGAAACGGGCAGCUGCCCGAGAACCAUGGAUUCAAAACGGUCAAGUCUUUUUCGGAGAUAUAAGGGUGAUUUUGGUAAUUUGCUUGUUCUUGAAUGGAAUGUAUUAUAUUUGUAGUGGUAAAAAAAAAUUGUCAUUUGUGACAUGGUUAUAUGAUAUGUGCACCAAAUAAAAAAAUUGUCACUUUUCAGCUUAA